AUGAAAGUCAGUCGGUUCGGUUUGUUUUUGAUCUCUGCUGUAAUAAAACUCACCAUUGAGGUGGCUGGCAAUGAGGAGUCCUAUUUGACCACCUACAGCAGCAGUCACAAGAAAGCCCUGGUUGCCAUCCAGCACAUCCAUGUCUUUGGCGAAUCACUGUACAUGAAGGUGAGAGCCUACAUCCACGAGGAUCGUCAUCACUUCGAUUUAAAUGUGCGAAUGGUUAGGGAACUGGGCAGCAAUCAUUUAAUUAUGAACAUAAAGGUGCGUGUUAGGCCCGAGGGAGGCACAAAGUUUGUGCAAUUAUUCGAAUUGCGAAGGAUCAACUUUUGCGGCUUCCUCAGCGAAUACAAUUCGAGUCCCAUGCUGCGAUUCCUAUUCAAAAAGAACAUUAUCCUAAGCGAUGUCAUCGAGUGUCCCAUCCGAGUGGGCAACUAUUCGAUGCUGAACUCCAAUGUGGCGGAAAAUAUCCAACCGGAUGGAGUUCAGAACGGCACCUACAAGUUCUUUGCCGAAAUUGUGGAGGAGAAUGGGGAAAUAGCCAAGGUGUUUGCCCUACAAGUCACCACAUUGGUGUAUAUUGUGGAAAAGGAUGAUGAGGAGGUAUCUAAAGAAGAAUGA